UGCAUUGUAUCACCAACUGGAUUCAUUACUGGAAUUAUGUUGAGGUGUGCAGUUAAAGCUGGAGUUGAAUGCUGUCCAACAUGGAUGAGUCGCAUCUGCAGCGGGACGACUUCAAGGUUAAAAUUCCAUCACAUCAUUAGAUCUGCCUCGUUAGACCAGAGAACUGUAUCCUCAUCUUCCUCAUCAUCCCUUGUCUGGAGACGGAUAAAGACAGAUCAAAAGAAUUCUAUAUGUCGUCCUACAGACAAUGUUUUAAACUCUGGACUGAAAGCAUGUUUUUGUUCAGGACAAUCAGAUGACGGCUCAGCAGCUAAGCAGGCUCUUGGUAAAAUUGAAGGUAAGCUUCAUCUUGCCUUCACAUGUAAAGUGUGCGGAAUGCGUACAGCGAGGAGCAUCUCCAAACAGGCCUAUGAAAAGGGCGUGGUCAUUGUCAAGUGUGGUGGAUGUGAAAACAAUCAUCUCAUCGCUGAUAAUCUGGACUGGUUCAAAGGAGCUCAAGGAGCUGGGAGGAAUAUAGAAGAGAUCAUGGCGGCUAAAGGAGAGAAUAUAAGAUCCCAGCUGACCGAGGAUGACAUGUUAGAGAUUUCAAGCCUCGAUACCGAUACUCUGAGUGAUGAGAAAACAUGAUGGGUUUAAUCAAGUGGAUCAUUCAAGCUGAGAAAACAUGAUGAUUUAUACUUAGUGGACAGUUUUCAUCAUUCAUCUAAAGCAAGAGGAUAAAAGCUUAUUCUGCCGAGAAGCUGGACUACUACUGAAUGUUCUCUCUGAACUUAUUUCUAGAAGCAGGAGAACAUGUUUUUUUAUCUUUUUAAAGAAUUUUGAAGAAUCUACGGACGCAUCUCUGGCUGUACAUAGAGUUGUGCAUAUUCAGAUGUAGUCUCAUUCCCAGACUCACUUCAGACUUUCCAUUUGAUCAUUAUUUUUUGUUGUAUUUCCGAAAAUAACAAAAGGAAAGAGGAUACAGUGAAAGACAAAAUGAAUUAAUAAUUUGAUGUAUAAAGACGCCAAAAGUUUAUGACCAUUUUAUAUUUCUAUUUGAUUCUUUGAUUGUGUAAAGUAGUGAUACGUGUAUUUAUGUGUUUCUGUG